CCAACCAUGAUUCAUGUUAUGACAAUAACUUAUUCAUUGUUAAUUAUUCUCCUCUGUGAUUAUUUAUACAACAGAUAUGACCCAAAUGUCCCAAAUGCUACUCUGUAUUGGACCUGAAGGUAGUGGCAAAACUUUGCUGCUUAGAAAAUUGCACCAAGAUCAUAAAAAUGUGCUGAAUCCAAGUAAAAGCCGCAGUGAAAACCCAAGUGGUGGAGCUGCCUCUGCUCACAGCACAGUACCUACUACUGGUGUUAACAUCACAACCUUACAAAGACCUCCACCUGAAAAACACAGGCCUAACCCAGAAAUUAUUGUUAGAGAACUGGGAGGGAGCAUGGCAGAGCUGUGGAGCAGUUACUAUUGCGGGGUACGAAAACUGCUCUAUGUCAUUGAUGCUGCAAACAUGAGCCAACUUGCUAGCGCAACACUGCUCCUCAUGCCAUUACUCGCUCAUCCUCGAACUCAGAAAGCUCAGGUGGCGAUCGUGUUGAACAAAGUAGACCGGCCGCUGCCCCGGGACACCAAGGAGCUACUCAACGUCCUCCGCCUGUCAGACCUGAAGCAGUACUGCCGUCAGCAGAUUACGGUGCUGGAAGUCAGCGCUGUCACUGGCAAGGGUCUCAAGGCUCUCACACGCUGGAUGUGGGGAGAUAAAACCCCUGAGAAGCCCCAAGCUUAGUUUCAAGUCAUGAAACCUGACUAAUAAAGUGCUGUUAGUAUUCAUUAUAUUCUUUCAAAAAGAAAACAACGCGUUUGCGGGAGCUUAAAAAAUCCCCAAAACGAUGCAAUGUCCAUCCAAACUUUCCAUAACGGUAAAUAAUAACUCAUUUUUUAAAUUCAUAAAAAGUAGUGUUCGACCUGCAUACUAAUUCCUUACGCCACACGGUCGAGCCUUCACAACAGCCCCUUAAUAGAGUGCACUCACUUUACACUGUAUAAAUUCGCGUAAUCCAAAAUAUUCAAUAUCACAAGGAAUUUCCUACAGGAUGGCGGUGUUCAUGUCAAGUGUGCGUGUCUUCGUUAACAUAUAAUAACACUGCAAGUUCAUAAAUGCAUCAUAUGAACGUUUACUGCGGUUAUUAAAUGUUUCCAGCCUUGUGUUUAACUAGGUUUUU